GACCUGCUUGCUGCAUGCAAGAUGGAGCGAGAGGGAGGCGGGCUUGCAGUAGUAUAACUUGACCGUCGUUGCCCUCGACUCCCGGGACAGCAAGAAACUGACACUCACCCCCCCUUUAAUCCCAACAUCUACCUCUUUCUCUCUCUCUCUCCCUCCCUCCCACUUCCCACAGUCGUCGUACGCACACUCGUACGCCGCACCCUGAUUGUGGUCGUCUAUCCUGCCGGAUAUCCGUCUUGAUUCAAGCUUACUUCCCCAGUUCCCAGUCCUUUGGGUCUUGAACACAAGAAGCUUCUUUUCAAACCCAUCCUUGUGUGCCUCCUCAACGCAAGACAACAUCCCCGUCAAACCAUUUACAAUGCACACUUCGGUCAAGACCUUCCUCGCCCUGGGCCUGGCCUCCGUCGCCUGCGCCCAGCACACCAAGCAGGACGACGAGAUGGGCCCCGCCGCCUUCAUGUGGCCGGCCGACCGCGUCUGGAGCGGAGACAUGGAUAACCAGGAGCCGUGCGGUUCCCGGGCCGGCGUCGGCAACCGGACCCAGUUUCCCUUGGUCGGCGGAAAGAUUGCCCUCGUUGCCCAGGACGACUACUACAACACCAAGAUCUCCAUCUCGUACAAGAACGACCCGACGACCAACAGCGACUUCACCACCCUCAUCGAAGAGCAGUCCGUCGCCGACCUGAACCCGGGCCACACCUGCGUCGACAUCCCCAACCCACCGUCCUCCGUGGCCGCCGGCGGCAACGCCACCCUCCAGAUCAUCUACCGCGCCGACUGGGACGCCCCGCACAACCAAACCUUCUACGCCUGCUCCGACAUCACCUACGUCGACGCCGCCACCUUCAACACCCGCAUCCCCUGCUUCAACGCCACCGAGCCCGGCGAGGACGACAUCGCCGCCACCGCGUCGCCCUCGGCGUCGGCAAGCAACUCGGCCUCCAACAGCGGCUCGUCGUCCGGCGGCGGCGGCGGCGGCGGCCUCUCGGGCGGCGCCAUCGCCGGCAUCGUCAUCGGCGCCGUCGCCGGCGUGGGUCUGCUUGUUGGCGCCGCCCUCUUCUUCUACCGCAAGAGCCAGCAGAAGAAGCGCAACUCGAGGCUGGCCCGCAUGGAGGAGAACGCGCGCAACUCGGAGCACUGGAUCGCCGGCAAGAACUCGUCCUCGCAGAACAGCGUCCAGCUGAACAACCUGCCCUGA